AGGAGUCACGUGACGGGGGCCGCGCCACAACCACCGCAACAACACGAGAUCACCUUUGUGCGCAGCGCCGGGAGGGCGUCCCGAGGCGCUGAUGGAUGACAGAGCAGUGGAGAGGAGGUGAGAAGAAGCUGGGAAGGGUAAUAACUCCGGACACUUGGAAAGAUGGAUCGAGGAACACGACUGAAAGUGGCGGUCGGAGGAUAAACGAAAACAAAGCUCUGACUUCUAAAUCCUCGAGGUUUGAACCCUACGGAAGGAGGAGAUUUGCGAUAUGCAGAAUCUGCAAAAGUUCAGUCCAUCAGGCUGGUUCCAACUAUUGUCAAGGCUGUGCAUAUAAAAAAGGCAUCUGUGCAAUGUGUGGCAAGAAAAUCUUGGACACUAAGAACUACAAGCAGACAUCUGUAUAAAGACGCCUGAAAAUGAACUGAGGGAAUUCCAGAGGUAGGGGCGGGAUGGGGAUUAAGAUGCUGCGGGUCUUCAAAGUGUCUAGCUGCGAUGUGCAGUGAGUACAGUAACCGACCUCCACUUGACAUAGCGCAAAGUCCAUGUAUAUUUCUACUGUAGAAAGUAAAUUGUGAAUAAAGAUUUAUUUGCUUUGUA